AUGCAGGUCUUCAUCAAGGGAGACAGCACAUUCGCACUCAAUGUCGCAAGCGAGGCCUCUGUCCUCGACACAAAGGCACAGGUCGCCACACAGGUCGGCUGCCCACUCGAGGGCCAGCGUUUGAUCUUUGCUGGUCAGCAGCUCGAGGAUGGUCAGGCCCUCGCCGACUACGGCAUCCAGCAGGCUUCCACCAUCCAGCUCGUCUUCACCCUGCGUGGUGGUGCCAAGAAGCGAAAGAAGAAGGUCUACACCACCCCAAAGAAGAUCAAGCACAAGCGCAAGAAGGUCAAGAUGGCCGUGCUCAAGUACUACAAGGUCGAUGGUGAGGGCAAGAUCCAGCGUCUCAGGCGUGAGUGCCCUGCUCCUUCGUGCGGUGCCGGUGUCUUCAUGGCCACCCACAAGGACCGUCAGUACUGUGGCAAGUGCGGUCUUACCUACAUGGCCAAGGCUUAG